AUGCCGAGGUCGAGAGGAUCUGAGAUGCCACAGCAACGACAUUCCCCUCGCGCUCCACUCCAUCUCAAGACCACAGCUUGUUCCGAAGCAAACUCCAUUCGUAGCCCGAAGCUCGAAGAUCGUCGCUCUCCUCGGAGUCCUCUCCAGGAGAGGAAGAAGGUGUCGUCUAAAGUGGCAGAUCUAGAGACAAAGCUCGGCCAAGCGCAUGAGGAGAUUGAGAUGCUAAAGGAGAAGCUGGCCUCUGCGGAGGCAGAGAGGUUGGACUUGCAAAAGGAGCUUGAAGAGACAAAGAAGCAUUUUCAUGUCUCUCCCCUGAAAAAUGCGGCUCUGGAUCUAGUCGAUGAGGAGAAAGAGAAGACUAUAAAUAUGGAAGAAGAGAAAGUUGAACCUGCCAAAGUCCUCGUAAUGGACAAAGAUGAGCCUUUGCCCGCAAAAGAAGACUGUGUGAAAUGUUUGGCCACCGACGUAUUUGAAGUAGCUCCGGCAACUAACGAAGCAGAAGGAAGAAAAGUGGAAGCGGAAGAUGCCGAAGAGGGAACAGAGACAAAGGUGAUCAUAGAGGAAGAAAAAAGCGAAGAAGAGGAAAUAGGAACACUGGCGAAGGAGAAGCUGCAGAAGGAGGAGGUAGAGAGCCCGGAGAUGACCGAGCUCAGAGAAAUCCUUGCUGAGAAGGAAAAGCAACUCGAAAGCAUUGUAAUCGAGAACCAAACGUUUAUAAAAGAGGCAAAGGAUGCGAAAGCUGAUUCAUCUGAGUGGAGAGAAAAAGCAGACGAGAUGACAACGAAGCUCGAUCAGGCUGAGAAGGAGCUGAACAACACCAAGCUGACCGCUGAGCGCCUGAGAGAGAAGUUGGAGUCAGAAGAAACCGCGAAAGCGUCAAUGGAAGCUGAAAUGAAGCGCUUAAGGGUUCAAACAGAGCAAUGGCGCAAGGCAGCCGAGGCGGCUGCGUCUGUGCUUGUAGCAGGUGAUGCUCUGAAUCUUCGAGGUUACGACGUUUCGGUCGGUGGCGGUGGGUGGUCGCCGGUGAUAGCUGGAGGCGAGGGGGCUGAGGGGAAUGGCGGAGGGAAGAGGAGGGGUGGCGGUGGAGGAAUUCGGGUCUUUGGAGAACUAUGGAAGAAGAAGGGCCAGCUGAAGUGA